GCCGAGUCUCGAGCGCAAACCAGGGUCUCUCAUUAUUCUCCCUCUCCGAACCGACAGACUCUAUCGAGUUUUGAUUCUACAUUGCUCAAAAUCUAGGGUUUUGCUAAUCUGACUGUCAAUUCGCAAGAGUUCUAGAGGAAGAAGAAGCUAUGGGUUCUGAUUCGAUCUCGAACGCUUCUGUUCCUGGGAAUGGUUUCCCCGAUGACCUGGGGAAGAAAAAGAGGACGAACAGAUUAGCGAAACUGAAGCAGCGCAAGCUCGAUGUUCGGCGUGAACAAUGGCUUUCUCAGGUCAAGAACAAGGGAUGCAAGGUGGAUACAAUUGGGAGGGGCGGAUCUCCUCUCUCAUCUUUGCAGAUAGCUGAUGAGGGGAACAGAUCAACAGAGAGUUCAGAAACAAGGUCUGGAGGGAUGGACAUUGAGAGGUCGAGUGUUCAUGAGAGCGAUUUGGAGUCCCUGAUGAGCAGCCCAUUUGGCAGCAGUAUGAGUCAAAAUGAUUCAAUGAAGGAUCUGCCUGGGAGCAGCUGCAGCAGUGCCAGCAGUGGCUGUUGUUCUGGGAGUGUAAGUGAAACAGAGGAGGAUGAUGGAUGCCUGGACAAUUGGGAGGCUGUAGCAGAUGCUCUAACUGCGGAUGAAAAUAUGCACAAUCCAAAUUUGGAUCCUCCGCCCAAAAUUGAAAACAAGAUGGGACCAUCUGUUCCUGAAUUAGCUAAAAAUGACUCUGGAGCCAAUCUAGUGAAAACAGAGAGCAAGGAUAUGGUUUCUAGGGCUCCGGCCAAUUGCCGAGCUUGGCGGCCAGAUGAUGCUUUCCGUCCUCAGAGUUUGCCCAACUUGUCAAAGAAGAACAGUUUAAACAUAAAGUCAGAGCAGUUUUCUGGCCGUGUCACUUGGGUGUGGGAAAGUCUCAUGUCUCAACCUUCUUCAUGCCCUAUAUGCUUUGAGGAUUUGGAUCUCACAGACUCGAGUUUUCUCCCAUGUUCUUGCGGAUUCCGGCUUUGCCUUUUCUGUCACAAAAGGAUUCUGGAGGCAGAUGGGAGAUGUCCGGGCUGUAGGAAGCAGUAUGAUGAUCCUGCUAUUGGGGCUGUAGGUUUCAAUGGAGGGGUGACACUGGGUCGAUCUUUCUGCAUGAGUACAAGGCCUUAGAAAGGAGCUUCCUUUUGUUCUCUGAAAUAUCAAAUAUAUGGGGUAUCUUAUCACUGUCUGGUUUGUCAUUCAUGUUUCAUUAUUAUUAGGUCUCUGAUUAUCAUUGAGGAUGAUGUGAGUGUAAUGACAGGAUUUGAGGCAUCUCAUGAAUGUAAAUGGACCUUCAAUGAGUUUGGGUGGUGUUCUGCACAUUUAGACGUUAGUUGUAAUGUGAAUACAAUUCUUGUUUUUUUUAUUAUAAAUCAAGAGCGAUAUAUUUCUA